AUGCCUGGACAGAAGAUAAAAUCAGGGGUUUUGAUGAUUCUCUCAUUUUUGGACUUUGCAAGUUUGGCUAGUGCAAAUGAUUACUUCUCGAAAUGGAUUGAAGUUGUUUCCCUUAAGAAAGUAAAGAAGGAAAAUGUGGCUAACUUCAUCCGAGUCAAUAUUAUCUAUCGUUUUGGCAUUCCUCGACAUUUAUUGACGGACAAUGGUAAGCCAUUUGAUAACAAGUUGAUGAAUAAAAUAUGUGAUCUUUUGGGCUUCAAGCAACGAAAUUCCUCUAUGUAUUAUGCUGCUGCAAAUAAACUUGCCGAAGCAUUUAACAAGACGCUAUACAACUUUUUGAAAAAGGUUUUCUCUAAGUCUAAAAGAGAUUGGCAUGAGAUAAUGGAAGAAGCUCUUUGGGCAUAUAGGACCACAUAUCGCACGCCAACGCAAGCGACCCCUUAUUCACUUGUUUAUGGAGUUGAAACAGUCCUUCCACUUGAGCGUCAAAUCCCAUCGUUGCAGCUUGCCAUUCAAGAAGGAAUCACUGAUGAAGAAAAUGCCCAGUUACGCCUUGAAGAAGUGGAAGCUCUUGAUGAAAAGAGGCUAGAAUCUCAUAAUAACUCGCCUAUCUCGAUCGUAUGA